GAUAUCAACACAAAAUGUCACCAAUUCGGAAGCAGCAAACAGGACCAACCUGGUCGGGAGCUAAUGUCUUCUACUUUCUGAUAGCAUUUCGUAUCUGUAAUGCCCUCCUCAUCCGUACUUUCUUUCAACCGGAUGAAUAUUUUCAGUCUCUGGAACCAGCAUGGAAUAUAGCCUUUGGGCCUUCUAGUGGUGCAUGGAUAACAUGGGAAUGGAGGGAACGACUCAGGUCUUCGCUACAUCCUUUCCUCUUUGCAGCCGUCUACCGCGCGACAGCCUUACUCGCUGACUCUCUACAUCUAGAAGCAGUAACUCGAACUGAGCUGCUGCUAGCAACCCCCAAGUUACUUCAAGCGUGUUUCGCAGCAACCACUGACUGCUUUAUCUGGAAGUUGGCGACAAAAGCAUACGGAAAAAACUCGACGGCCUCUUCUGCUGCGCUCUUCUUGACUGUUGUCAGCCCAUGGCAAUGGUUCUGCUCGACUAGAACACUCUCGAACUCUCUGGAGACCACAUUGACCACCAUUGCUUUAUGGCUUUGGCCUUUGCGUAACGAUCCGAAGCAACCUGGCUCUAAUGCUAUAAAUGUAGGCNUUCGAAUGGCUUUGGCAUUGGCGGCUGUAGCCACGGUGCUGAGACCAACAAAUGCGAUCAUCUGGAUUGUAAUGGCUGGGUAUACAGCAGCACCAGGCAAAGACAUCAAUUUGACACGAGCGCUUUGGACUCUCGCAGUGGAGUGUCGUGAGGCUGUGAUCUCAGGGUACGUCCAAAUACUUGCCAUCUCGCUCGUCUCGGAUCGUCUCUACUACGGCGACUGGACGUUUCCGCCACUUCGCUUCAUCCAUUUCAACGUCAUACAGUCUCUCGCCGUGUUCUAUGGCAGGAACCGACCUGACUACUACUUGACCGAGGGACUGCCUCUACUCUUGACUACGACAUUACCAUUCGCUGCAUGGGGCUGCUGGUCCGCCUUCUCCACCAACACAAGACACAUACUCGACACGCAGAAAGUCACACGACCUUUGGCAAUCUCGGUCUUCGUUUUCGUCACAGUCAUGAGCUUGAUCGCUCAUAAGGAAGUCAGAUUCAUCUACCCAUUGCUGCCAGGACUCCUAGUGCUGGCAGCAGGUCCCUUCUCACAAUUCUUCUCACCGCUACUGCUACCUAGGACCGCCGUGAAGAAAUCACUUCUCCUCGUCCUUGUCGCCGUAAAUGUGACACUGGCAUUCUACAUCAGUCAAGUCCAUCAGCGAGGUGUUGUUGACGUGUUGCACCAUCUCCGGCAACAACAUGAGCUCAAAGCGUCCUCAAACACUACAGUCAUAUUCAUGAUGCCCUGUCACAGCACACCAUGGCGAAGCCAUCUGGUUCACCCUGGUAUCGACGCACGAGCUUUGACAUGCGAACCACCGCUCGACGUGCCCAUCGAAGCAAGAGCUUCAUACAUGGACGAAGCAGACCAAUUUUACGCUGAUCCGAAGGUCUGGAUGCGCGAGCAUAUGGAAGAUUUGGAAGCCUCAGAGAAGGGACCAUCGAGUUCUGCAAUCAACAUUUAUCAAGACAAGGCACAGUGGCCGGAGUAUCUGGUCUUCUUUGAACAACUGGAGCCUACCAUGACAGAAUUCUUGGCCAAGACUGCAUACAAACAGUGCUGGAAAGGCUUCAACACGCACUGGCAUGAUGAUCGGAGGCGUCAGGGAGAUGUGGUGGUGUGGAGAUUGGGCGAAAGUGUA